AUGACUGGCAUCACGGACGCCCUCCACGAUGCGAGGGCCGCGGUCGGCUUGAACCCAGUGGAAAGCCCCGAGGAGACAUGCCGCCCGAUCCCUCGGCCUUGUUCUGCAUGGCAACAGCGCCAGGCGCUCGUCCCGAAUGUGGAAGUACGCAAAACCUUUGAGCCAGGCGAUGUCACCGCUGCUGCAACAAGCAUGUCGCCUCGAGCUGCUUGGGCACUGUUGCUGCCCAUCACUUCUUUCGGCAUCGGCGGACAGGAUAACGCUAAGUGCAUGAGCAUGCUUGGGCGGUUCAAAGGCUCGCUGUUGAGCACCACUACUGCGGAUGACCGCAGCGCUAUCUCCAUUUGCGUCGCCAUUGAUGAGGACGACCCCGUCUACACAAUGACAAAGGGCGAGGUCGAGGCCUUCAUGCGCGACGUGUCUGAGACUGCCGGGCUGCCUCUGGGGAUGGCGUCCAUGGCGUUUCGUGACCUGACCAUACCUGCGUUUUCGAGCUUUCCAGCAUCCACCGCCGUGACGUGGAGCGCUUCCCUGAAGAACCUCGGCAAAGAAGAAGCUCGGUACCCGAAGGUUGGAGUCCGCUGGCAAGCGGCCAUUCUCACGAGGGAGAUCGGGCGAUUUUCAAGGCUGGUGCGGCCCACUGGACUUUGUUUGAGGUCCUUGGGGGUAGUGGUGCCUACUUUUAGGUGCGAAGUUUCCAUGCUCCGCGAGAUUGUUUCGCUCGAGUCAACCGCGUACCCUAACGUGGUUGAAGAAGUCAACGCUUUGACAUCCUACGCAAAGCAUCACGUCGUGCGAAUCUUCAUCAACAAGGAGAACCUUGGGGCAAGCAAGAGUCGCAACAUCGGACUGUCGCAGGCGUUUUCGGACCACGUCUUACUGCUGGAUGACGAUGUAGUGCCUGAACGCCACAUUCUGCAUGCCUACCGCGGCGGCAUCGAUCGGUUCCCGAUCGCGAAAGUCGUCGCCUACCCGCCUUGGGGCGUCACAGCCAAUCCGUGCGUGAGCGGACGAUCGGGAGACAUCUGGUUUAGCCCAGCGUACCCCAAAACUGGAGACGGCGAGGACGUAGACUUCUGCUUGAAGACGAGCCAGAGGUAUGGGCGUGAUGCUAUUGUGGCGGUGCCGGGAGCUGCGGCGACGCUCUCUUGCUGGGCCAACCCCAUUCGCCAGGUGUGGGGAUGGGCCCGAGGCGACGCCCGCUGUGUCAGCUUUCAUCGGCACUCCACGAUUUUUUGCGCCACCAUCGUCUUGAUUUGGUUGGUGUUCGGCGUCGCAAAUAUCUGGAGCGUAAGGAAGUGUCUCACGGCCUCCGGCGUUGUUGAAACGUUGGAGUUCUUGGAGGGAUUGGCCCACGUCUACCGGGGGACCACCGGGGCCGAGCCCUGGUCUGCGGUGCUCCUCGCCCCGAUGCCGAGCAUGGGCAAUCUGUACCAGCUCCUAUUGCCCUUCGACUGGAUGGAUGGGAAGGAGGGGCACAAAUGGCGGAAGGCUUCAAGGGUGCUCCACGCUGCCAAGCUUGCCACAAACCUCCUGAUCGUCGUUGGCGCGGCGCUCGGAUACGGCCUGCACCGCUCCCUCGCGGUCGUUGCUGCCAAUCAGAGGGCGCCGGCCCGAUUAGUCGUGCUAGCGUGGCAGCGUACCGGGAGAAACUUGCUGUGUGGUCUGCUGCACAAUCACUCGGGUGUCUUCAUACACAACGAAAUCUUCCACAACCGCGCAAUUCACACCUUUCACCAAGACCGCCUGGAGAAGUGGGGAUGGGCGGUGGCCCACCGCGAUGCCGACACGAGACGGUUCAUCUCUGAGGUCUGGACGCGUUCGGACAGACCGGACCAAGCGAUCGGAUCCAAGCUCUUUCCCGAGCACAUCUACCGCGACCCGGACACCAUGGCCCCUCUGCUCGCCGACCACACCGCCAAGAAGAUCGUCCUGCGCCGCGGCAACGCGGUGGGUGCGUACGUUUCCCAGCGUCGCGCACUGUUGACGGGGCAGUUUCUCCAGGUGCAGCAGCCCGGUAAUGUCUCCAUCCGCAUUGACCCGGAUGAGCUGCAGGACCACCUCGCCAACUACAAGAGCUGCUACGCCAUCUACCCCCGUCUUCUGGCGGGACAGGCGUUCCACGAGGUGUUGCACGCAGACUUGUGCGGCAGCGCGAGGGGCAGCACCUUCCGAGGCAUCGCCGACUUCUUGGGGGCUAGAUGCUCGCGUCCCCGCCCCCUCGCGCAGACGGCGAGGCAGGCGCCAGCCUCCGUCAGCAACCGGGAAGAACAAGCGCGGGCGUUCCGCCAUGCAGUCUACACAGGGGAAGUCGGUGCGUACCCGUUUGUCUGUGGAGGGAUGCUACAAUAG